GCCGUCCCUUCCCGGGACAGCCGACUUCCCCGUCCGUCGGAGCUCUGCCCGCAAAAUGCAGCGGGAACCCAGCCUUCCGGGGCUCUACGAGGCCGGGGCCCCCUAGACGCGGAAGCCGCCCCAGAAGCCCAACACGCCGCCCCUCGCCUGGCGCCUGCGGUGGCCGCUGCUUCCAACCCUCCUGGCAGGAACGGCCCCGCCUUGGGCUGGGAAUGCGCCUUCCCGCGCCGGCUGUCCAUGGAGGACGUGGCCUCGCUGAGCAACGCCUCUGCCGCGCCCGGCAAUGGAAGCGCGGGGAGCCGGGAGGUGACUGGGCCAUCGGCCCCUGCGGACCUCGAGGAGGAGGCGAGGUGGGGCUGGUCCAGGGCGGCCCUGGCUUCGCAGGCGCUGCUGCUGCUGGCCAUCUUCGCGCUUUCCGCUCUGGGCAACGGCGCCGUGGUGGUGAUCAUCGCCCGGCACCGGCAGCUCCGGACAGUCACCAACGCCUUCGUGCUGUCGCUGUCGCUCUCCCAGCUCCUGGGUGCCCUGCUGUGCCUGCCCUUGGCCUUGGCCAGCCUUCUCAGCGGGCGUCCGCACGGGGCAUGGCUCUUCGGACGCCGCCUGUGCUUGGCCAGCGCCACUCUCCAUGCUGGCUUGGGCAUCGCUGCCACCCUUACCAUGGCCCUCCUCUCCUUUGACCGCUAUUGUGCCAUUGUCCGCCAGCCACGGCAUAAAAUGGGCCGCCGGAGGGCUGCGCAGCUGCUGGCUGCCGUGUGGUUGGCCGCUCUGGGCUUCUCAGGGCCUUGGUACCUGCUGGCCCAGGAGGAGGAGGAAGAGGAGGAGCAGUCUGUUGGGCCAGGGCCCCCUGCUCCCUACCACUGUAUGUAUGUGCUGCCUUGGGGCUCUUCCCAUUUGGGUCCCCCUUACAGUGCGACCUUGAUUGUCCUCUGCUACCUGCUGCCUUUCGCCCUCAUGUGCUUCUGCCACUACAACAUCUGCCGGGCAGUGCGGCUGACCGAGAGCAGGGUGCGCCCACUCACCACCUAUGGGCACCUCCUGCGUUUCUAUGGCGAGAUGCGCACAGCCACCACCGUUCUGAUCAUGAUCGUCUCCAUCAUCUGCUGCUGGGGCCCUUAUUGUGUAUUGGGCCUGGCCGCUGCAACGGGACACUUCUCCUUUUCCCCCACCAUAGACACUGUGGCGAGCUGGAUGGCCUGGGCCAAUGGUGCCAUUAACCCCCUCAUCUAUGCCACCCGCAACCCCAACAUUUCUCUCCUACUUGGGCGCAACCGGGAAGGGGGCUAUCGGACUCAAAAAACUGUGGCCGCCUACUUGGCGGCUGCUCAAGGUCAUCGGCUGGAGAGCAAGAGCCGGGCAGAACGCUAUGCCAGCCAUGGGCGUGGCAGUGGGGGGACUGCUAGGAAUACUCUGACCUGCUCCAGUCCAGCCAGUGGUGGGGAAAUGGCCAUGUGGGCUUGUAAGAACCCAGCUGUGCUGUUCUGCCGUGAUGGGCAGCCUGGUUCAGGAUCUGAAAUCGGCCUGCCUCUGAAAUCGGGCAGUGCUGAUACUUGCCUUUGAAACAAAAUGGCUACAUGAAUUGGAAUUAGUUUGGUGGCAAGACCAGCGUUAAUCAAACUGACAUUACCCGAUGGCAAGAGUAAUGCAUCUCAGAAAAUCUGCAUGUGGAGCAAAGGGAUCAAAUUAACUCCUGGGUCUUCUGAACUUCAGAAUAUUUGCUUUUAAAUGGCUUGUUGGGUGAUUUGACUUUUGCUACUUAGGGUCUCCUUGAGAGCAAAAGUUAAAAGUUAUAGGCAAAGCAUGAAAUAAAAUGGGCAGGGUUUGAGCAUUUACUAGGCCGUGAUUUAACAAUGUGAUAUGGCUGUGUCCAUAAGACAUACUGAUUUGCACACUAGCCAAGCACAUCUUAACCUAGUAUGUUAUGUGAACUAGAAAACUGGAUUGAGAAAACCAUGGCUUAAUGUGCUGUGCAAACACAAUCUGGGGCCUGGGAGAAGUGUGGGACCCAGUCAACAAGUCUAGCGCUGAGCUAAAGGGUAAAUCAAGCAAUGGCCAUUCUAGAGAAGUUAGAGAUGUCUCAUUCCCAAAAUAACAAAAAAGAGGUGAAUCAUUGGGAAAGAUGAGCAUUGCAGGGAUCAGUGAUGUUGGAAAUUUUCCAAAUGACAGCUA